AUGGGCCGGAUGAGCGGCGCGAAGAUCAACAUUUCAGAUGGCUCCUGCCCAGAACGUAUCGUCACUGUCACUGGAGCGACGGACGCCAUCUUCAAGGCGUUCACGCUGGUCUGCCAGAAGUUUGAGGAGGCGGGCGGGCUGCAGGGCGGCGGCGGCGGCGGCGUGCCCCGGCCGCCCAUCACGCUGCGCCUCAUCGUGCCGGCCUCCCAGUGCGGCUCCCUCAUCGGCAAGGCCGGCGCCAAGAUCAAGGAGAUCCGGGAGGUGACCGGCGCCAGCAUUCAGGUGGCCAGUGAAAUGCUGCCUAACUCCACGGAGCGAGCUGUCACCAUAUCUGGUACCAGCGACGCCAUCACGCAGUGUAUCUACCACAUCUGCUGCGUGAUGUUGGAGUCGCCGCCCAAGGGCGCCACCAUUCCAUACCGGCCCAAGGCGCAGGUGGGCAGCGCCGCCAGCCCGGUGCUGUUCGCCGGCGGCCAGAACUUCGCGCUGCAGGGCGGCUUCGGUCUGGCUUCGGGGCCGGACGUGAGUAGCGGCCCGCUGCCGUUCAUGCCGGCGCCGUCGGCGCCCGGCCACUCGUCGCCGCCAGUCAUCGCUCCGCACACGCCUCUGUCGGCGCAUAUGUCCCCCCACUUCCUGGACGCCAAGGCCGGGCACAUCCUGAUGCCGAGCCUGCCGCCAGCCUUCCCGGACCCGAAUAAGUCUAACCCACUGGCCAGCCUACUCGGAGGCCUCGGGGGAGCCCACAACACGCUUCAAGCCAACACUUCAGCGAUGACGGCUCUGGCCGCCCUGGCAGGGUCCCAGCUACGCGCGCCGCCCACCGCCGGACCCUGCACGCAGUCGCACGAGAUCACGGUGCCCAACGAGCUGAUCGGCUGCAUCAUCGGCAAGGGCGGCACCAAGAUCGCCGAGAUCAGGCAGAUCAGCGGCGCCACUAUUCGCAUCAGCAACUGCGAGGAGAAGGACCGGGAGUGCGGCAACACGGACCGCACCAUCAGCAUCACCGGCGCGCCGGACAACGUGGCGCUGGCCGUAUACCUCAUCAACCUGAGAAUAUCGCUGGAGACGGCCAGCAUGGGUGUCGCCGGCAUGGGAUUUCAGUACAUCUCUCCCAACCACAUCAUCAAAGUACCAAUCCAUUGAUAUACGGCGGCGCCGCCGGGCCCUUGCUAUGCAGUCAUCCUGUGAGAGUCGCCGACACCGAGGCAGCCGCCACCGAUCCGCCGGGGAGCAGUCUGAACAGCGACACGCCGACACGAAUCUCUGAAACGUAGUGACACAGACUCGGGUGCACCGGCACGGACUCUCGGACACGCUGACACGGACUCCCUGGUGCACUGACGCGGACACCGACAUGCCGACAUGGCUCUUCGACACACUGAUACGGACAUCAACACGUCGGCACGGCUCUUUGACACACUGACACAGCUCUUCGACACACUAACACGGACAUCGACAUACUGACACUUUCAUCGACACGUCGGCACGGCUUUUCGAUACACCGACACGGCUCCUCGACACACUGACACGGCUCUUCGACAUGCUGACACAGGCUCUCUGAUGUACGGACUCGAAACUUUUUGACACGCGAGCACCAACCCUCUGGUACACGGACAAGUAUCCUGACACGCUGACACGAAGUUUCUGACUCAAAAUUUCCGACA